AACUUCCGAAGUGGGAGGAAGUUCUUCAGGUGUUCUGUGGUGUCUGCUGUAUCCUCAGUGUCCAUCGCUUUCAAAACACUGUCCCAUCCCAUCUGCGUCGAGUGCCUGUGCUCUUCAGCAUGAACCGAAAGAGAAACCACUGCUACGUGGAAACAGGGCCGUCCUCGGAGUCCCAGGCCGCCUUUAUGGACAACGCGGGGUCCUUCAGCCGAGACGAGGAGGAUUUCUCCGAGCUCGAGCCCGACGAGCAGCUGGUGUGCUCGGUGACCGAGAUCACGGAGCACCUGGGCAGGAACAUCACGGUGGUGCUGGAGUCCGCACUGUCCGAGAUACGCAAGCUGGUCAGCGUCCGGAUCAGAGUCCUGAAGAUGGAGCUCCGCGAGAAAACCGACGAGAUCGAGCUGCUCAAAGCCAAGCUGGAGUCCACGGAGAAGGACGGGAGGGGGUCUAGCUCCAGCAGCCUGGACUUCAGGAAAGCAGAGCAUCAACCGGGCCAGAAACACGGCGCGGACCCGAAGAAAACCAAACCCGGGACGCCCGUGGUGAAGAAGGAGAACAUCAACGCGAUCUGCGACUAUCUGAUGAAGGAUAAGAACCAGCGCGGUGCUGCUGAACUGGAGAGCGACCACAGCAACCAGGCCUUUGGGUCCGAGUCGCAGCCGCACGCGUCUCUGAGCCUGUGGACGGACAGCGGAGCCGCAGACACCGACACCGACGCUGACACGGACAUCUUCAGCAUGCUACCGUCUGCCAGCAAGCGCAUGUACGACUAUGAGUGGAUUUCAGGAGUCGAGCUCAACUCUGCUGAGUUUAAAGGUGAUACUGAAACAAAAUGUGAAGAUGUUCCAACUGUGGAUGACGAGGAUGAAACCGAAGACUCUGAAGGAGGAAGAGGAAGUCUGAGGUCAGUGUCUGACCAUUUCGCCCUGGACACUCAGGGCUCCCCGCAGGAAGACAGGAGCAGCCCGGUGGAGGACAGUAUGGAGAGGAUGGAGCCAGGUCAGCAGUUCUCCUCUCACACCUUCAUCUGCCCCUUCUGUGGAACUCUUUGCCCUGACUCCUCUUUCCUGGAGGAGCACAUCAAGCUCAUGCAUCACGGCGAGAGCACUCUGCAGUCGGCCCCGGGUGGUCCUUCCUCUCGUGGGGAGAGCGACUCGGGUGAGGCGGGCCGAGCUCUGGGAGGCACAGAAAGACCUGUUGGCCGGGGUGCACGGGAGAAGAAAGUGGAGGGUGGAUAUGAGUGUGGCGACUGCGGGCGUCAUUUCAACUAUCUGGGCAACCUGCGGCAGCACCAGCGCAUCCACACCGGCGAGAAACCCUUCGUUUGCCCUGAGUGCGGAGAGCGUUUCCGGCACGCCGCGCGCCUGAAGAGCCACCGCCUCAGCCACAGCGGAGCCCAGAGCCCCUUCCCCUGCCCCCAGUGCGGAAAGGGCUUCCCAGUGCUGUCCGGACUGAAACGACACCAGCGUGUGCACACGGGAGAGAGUCCCUACGCUUGUCCCCAGUGCGGACGCAGAUUUAAAGAGCUGGGCAACUUAUACACACACAUGCGCAUUCACAGCGGCGCUACGCCCUACUCUUGCUACCAGUGUGGGCGGAGCUUCAGGCACCUGGGCACAUAUAAGAGUCAUCGCUGUAUGCCGGCUACCCAGUUAGCCAGUGGCCACAGUCCGGCAUGGGCGCAGGAAGACAAGGUGCAAACUGGGUAACAGCCGCGAGACAAGUGUGUACAAAAAAUGGUAUGUUACUUUCUCGACUGCUGGUUCGGGAUCCAAGUCCGAGAAAGGAGUUCGGCCGAUGAGAGAUUUGAGAGAGAGAGAGGUCGUUAUGACUAAAAAACAACAUCAGGUUUCAUCAUAAAUAUAAAGCUGUGUAUGAAUAAGGACAUCUUUUUCAUUCACAAUAGUUAACGACAUCUUUAACGGUAACUUGCUGCUUGUUAAAACAUUUUGCAACCAUUUCUUCCAGCGUCAAACAUAGAAGGUGUUUGAGUGUCCAUAUACAGUAUUUCAAGACUGCACUGAUGUGUUUUAAUUGUUCUUUUUUUUCUGACUUUUUUUCUACAAAGUGUUUCUGACUCUGUUUAGAAGCAGAUAGCCGGGCCCCAGGGCCAGAUUAACAGUGAAAUAUGCCUUAUAAAAAACUAAUUCAACAAUAGCGAGUCUUGUAAGUUAAAUAAUUAUACAUUAAUCAUGAUUCAACAUGACAUUCCCUCUUCCAUCUGUAAUUUGUCAAAUAUGCAAAUCAAACUGACUUCAAAAACUUGACAUGACAUUGAUUGGAUGUAACGUGAACGUCAAAAAAUAUAAUGGCAUCAUAUACAUUAAAGCAAUGUCAGUGUGCGAUUAAUUUACUGUUUUUACCCAAUUACCAAUGAAAGAAACUGCCAUCCAAACUGAGUUUAUAAUGAUGUUACAGCAUCUUGAUCAAGUCUUGACUAAUAUUUGAUGUCCGAUUGAUAUCAAGGUGCCAGCUGGGAAAGAAUACCUUGGCAUGCAUCCAAACCAAAUCAAGUCUGAUCAUAAAUGCCUGAGAAAAUUUAUGAGAUAAAACAAGGAAUAUUAUUUGAUACAUUUGCAAGUUACAUUCUAAUCGCUAAGUGUUAUUAGGGUUGCCGAGCAUACGACUAAUGUAAUCCAUUUUUUAUAUAAUUGAAAGUUGGUUCAAAAUCAUGAUCAACUGCACUGCAAUGUUACAUUUCAUCCCUGUAGUAUCGUUUUGAGCGUGAGUGCUGCCAUCGUGUGGAGGACUUAUGUCACUGCACCACCGGGACAGUCAGCGUAUGUGUGUGUUUUCAGUUUAAAUAUGUGAUCGCACUAUUAACACCUUAUUUAUUUAUAUCAGUGAAUUUGUUUAUAUAUGUCUGCCUGUAUUUUAACAUCUUAGAAGUUUGGAAAAAUAUACCCGGGGGGGGGGGGAAUGGAUUUAGAAAAGAUGUGUCAUUCAGAAAUGGACCUGGACGCACUUGAUGGGAAUGACUGUAUGAAGUUAAUUAUGUGUUGGAAAUACAAGCAAUCCAUCAGAUUUAUUUUAAGACUUUCUCAUAGCAGUGAUCUUGAAAUAGCUUGAAUAUUACAGAUUAAAUAGCACAAAAAAAGGUACAAUUUGUCAUGUCUCGGUAAUAACUUUGAAUGAUCUGUACGAGGCGAACUGUACUGAAAAAAACUGAACUGUCACUAAUAAAUACUCUUAGGAUAUGAUUCAAGUUGUUUAUGUAUUUGUAAGUAAGCGGUUGUUGACAUCCUAACAUGCUACUGAAGCACAUUAAAUAUAACACUUGUGUACGAAA